UAACGAUUGAUCUAAGAGGGACAAAAGAACUGAAAGAAGAAGAAUGGCACGACUUUACCUGCCAGUAACGUUGUUGAUCUGUGCUCUUGUCUGUACUGAUGCUGUGGGUUUGAAUGACCUGCUGGACAGAGUGUCACAACUGUCGGACAAACUGCACUCGCUCAGCACCUCCCUCACCAACGAUCUGGACUCUCACUUUACACCAGUAGGAGGAAGGCUCAUGAAGCCGUCCAUGUGCCACACGUCCUCUCUCCAGAUCCCCAACGAUAAAGACCACGCUCUAAGAGUGCCGGAGAACGAGUUGUUGUCUCUGGUUCGGUCGCUGCUGCAGGCCUGGUCCGACCCUCUUGCUCUUCUCUCAUCCGAGGCCACCAACCUGCCUCACCCCGAACGCAACAACAUCAACAGCAAGACCAGAGAGCUGCAGGACCACAGCAACAGUCUGGGCGCGGGACUUGAGCGCCUCGUCCACAAGAUGGGCUCAUCCCCCGAAUCUCUCUUCUCUCUUCCGUUCAACAACAACGACCUGGGCCAGGACAACAUGUCUCGCCUGGUCAAUUUCCAUUUCCUCCUGUCCUGCUUCCGCAGAGACUCGCACAAGAUCGACAGUUUCCUCAAAGUUCUCCGGUGCAGAGCAUCCAAGAUGCUGCCCGAGAUGUGCUAGAGAAGACGCUGUUUCACGGUUCAGAAAUGUAGAUGUUUCUAUUUUCUUACUCAAAAAAGUAAAUCUGAAUGUUUAUUUUUAGAAAAGUCACACACACAGUGAAGCGCUGUCCUUUCAUACUUGAAUAAAUCUUGGAGAAGUUUUGGGGAAAAACUAUUUCUGACAGAAAGAGGCCAAAUCAUGGUUGGUUAAUGGUUAUGUUGGUAUUUAUUUAGCUAGUGUAGUUUGAUCACUAGUUUAAUGAGACGAAACCUUAGAUCAAGUUUCAUUUGGCUAUGGGCUGUGUUUAAAUCGUUUAUUUACUACCUGAGGUAUUUGCACUUUGGUCACCUUCAGUGUAUUUGUGGAAGUAUUGAUGUAGGAAUCUUAUCUAGUUUUUCUUUUCAUGAAUAUCUUAUGAAGAAGCUGUCACACAAAAAUGCAAUAAAUUUUCAUUAUGCAUAC